GGAGGAAAGAGGACCCUGUGGUGAUGAAGAGACCUCAUGAUUACAGUUCCCCAGACUCGGACACGGAUGAACUGAUCGAUGUUGGACAGGAGGACAGCUACUGCCCUGUCACUGGGUCCAUGUCUCCAGGCAGUACCUCACAGAUCCUGGCUCGCAAGAAGAGAAGAGGGAUAAUUGAGAAGAGACGCAGGGACAGGAUCAACCACAGUCUAUCGGAGCUCAGGAGACUCGUACCCAGCGCCUUCGAGAAACAGGGCUCCUCUAAACUGGAAAAGGCUGAGAUUCUUCAGAUGACUGUGGAUCAUCUGAAACUGCUGCAUGCCAUGGGCGGCAAAGGCUACUUCGAUGCUCGUGCUCUGGCAGUGGACUACAGGACUCUGGGCUUUCGGGAGUGUGUUGGAGAGGUGGUGAGAUACCUCCGUUCUCUGGAGGGGGUUGAAUCCUCAGACCCCAUCGGUGCACGCCUCGUGUCCCACCUCAGCCACUGCGCUAGUGAGCUGGACCCUCUCCUCCAGAGCCCCGCCGCUCUGCCUUUUCCUCCUUGGCCCUGGUCCUCCUUUCCUCAGCUGGCAUCCACUUCUUCUCCAGCCUCGUCUAGCCCGUUUACCCCAACUACUCACCGGGAUCUGGCCCCCCAUGCCACCGCCGCCUUGUUGGGCUACCCUUCACCAGCCCUGCGAGUGGGAUCUUUGAGCACCCAGGGGGCGAUACUGAGUCCAGCGAUGAUCCCGGUUCGUCGACUGCCCUCUAUCCCCAGACAUCCACACAGACUUCCACAGCACUCACCUGAUGGACCCACAAUCCCAUCCUCCUCCUCAUCCUCCUCCAACUCCUCCCCUCCCCAGAUUUCUUUCAGACCCUUUGCCCCUCAGGGUUCUCCAGCCCCAGAUCGCAGGGGUUUGGGCAGCUCCAGUAAGCCCGGACAGGCUUGGGGCACAGAGAUUGGGGCAUUCUGAAUUAGAAGCUAGGAGUUUAUGACAGUCUGUAAGAAACAAAAACAAAACAAAACAAAACAAAAAAUCUUGGUCAUUUGGAGUUAUUUAUGACCACCUUUAAAUGGAACUACAA